CCAAUCUACGUGCAAUGGCAAAGCUCAUCAUCUUCGUAGCCACUUUGACAGCCUUUCUCCUCCUAGUUGACGCCUCCAUUCACAGUACUACAGUGAUCAUCGAUGAGAACAACCCCAGGCGAUCAGAAGAAGACUGUCGCGACGAGUUGAUUGGGGCACAAGAUCUCAAGUAUUGCCAGGAAUAUAUCAUGCAAGAAGCGAGCUCACGGGACGGCCUUGACAUUAACCGAAGAGAAGAGGAACGUCUUGACAGGUGUUGUGAACAGCUAAGACAGAUGAGAUCCACGUGCCGCUGCUAUGGCCUCAGGAAGGCUGUUAUGAGUGCGCCAAAGCAGAGGGGUGUCGGACGAAUGGAUUUUGAUGAUGCUGCGAGUGUGGCCAGAAGCCUUCCCGGCGAAUGUGGUAUGGAACCAGACAGUUGUCAAUUUGGUUCGCCCUACAGAAUGUGAUAAAUGUUGAAGGUGGACAUGUUACAAUGUAUGGAAUAAUAAAUUGAGUUCACUGAUCUCUGCUAUUUUGGCUUUGAGAUUAAGAUGACUAAGUA